AUGGGUCAAAAAGCCUCCGUUCCACAGCCAGGCGCACAUAUACAAGUCAUUGGCGCCGGGCUACCACGCACAGGAACCACAUCAUUCACCCAAGCGCUCGAAAUUCUCCUGAACGGACCGGUGUACCACUGCGGCACACAAAUAUCGAAAGGGCCACCAAAAGAAAUAAAAAGCUGGAUGCCAAUUCUGCAAAACUGGCUCAAAAAAGACGACAGCACAAGUCGGGAAAAGAUGCUCACUCUUCUGCGUCACCGAUUGGCCGGCUACGUCGCAAUCACCGACUCCCCAGGCUCCGAGCUCGUGCCGGAACUGAUGGAGCUGUAUCCGGAUGCCAAGGUCGUCUGCACCACCCGUGAUCCCAUUCUGUGGGAGAAGAGUAUGCUCCACGUGCAGAGUUUGACUGGUGUCUGGUUUGCGCGUGCUGUUCUGCUCCCGCUGGACGGGUUGAGACAUUUUAUUCCGUAUGGAUAUUUGCUGGCUGCGCUUUGGGAGAGGCUGUAUGGUGGUGUUGCUGGUCAGCAUGGGAGGGAGACUUAUGCGAACCAUGUUGCUUGGUUGAAGGAGGUUGUGCCCGAGGAUAGAUUGAUUUUCUUCGAUGUCAAGGAUGGGUGGGGGCCGCUGUGUGAGGCCCUGGGCAUAGAAGCUCCUGUUGGUGUGCCGUUUCCUCGUGUCAAUGAUUCAGAGGCUAUUGAGAGGUCCGUGAGUCAUCACCUCCAAAGGGGCCUUAUGCGCUGGGCUUGUAUAUUUGCCGGGAUUGGUGUUGGGGUGGCUGCUUUUCGCAUGUGGAGGUGA